AUGUGCUCGAUAAAAACAUGCGACUCGUACCCGGUGAGGAGGAAUAUGCAACAUGGUUACAGGAUCUUGGAGAAGAAAGCCUUUACCGCUGACGGCGUUGACAUUGAAAUUCCCGUCGACAUGUGUAUGGAAAUUGAGAACGAAGUUAUUCAGUGGAUGGACACUCCUGAAGUUAUCUCUUCGCCUAAUCUUAUGGGCAACAUGGCACUACUGACAGUACAUAUGUGA